CUCUCACAGAGCAUCAGGUCACCCGGACGCGCGACGGUACGUGCAAAACCUUGACUACAAUUCAGACACGACUAGAGCGAGAGAAGUGACAUUUUGAAUGCAGAUGACUUCAGCAAUACUCCAAAACUAAUUUUUUUGCACGUUCUCCUGGGAGAGAAAGAGAAAGAACAGGAGACGACUAUCAACAGGAGCGAACAUAAUUUCCACAAAGGCGUUUUGACAUGGAUUUCUCGAUAAUGAUCGGGUUUUAUGGCCAGUGCACAAAAAGUCAAUAAAUCAAGCACAUUCCUCAGCGGAGUAGACUGAGUUGAUCAAAUUCCAGUGCUAGGAGAGGACGCAUUGAGAGGGGAUCUGACUAAUCAACUGACAUCGACACGUAUCCUCCACAAGGCACUCGGCUGGACUUCUGUGCGAUCCAGGGCAAAAUGCGUCUGGUUCUGUUCGCCUUUCUCAUCUCAUGCUCCUGUGCGAGAGGUGGGUGCGAACCGAAGACUGUAAAUAUCGGGGCAGUCCUGAGCCAGAAGAGAUAUGAACAAGUGUUCAAAGACGCUGUCACCCAAGCAAACAUUAUAUACGGAAAAGAUAAGUUCAAGAUGAACGCUAUUUCAGUCACCCAUAAACCAAACGCAAUCCAGAUGGCACUCUCCGUGUGUGAGGACCUCAUCUCCAACCAGGUCUAUGCGAUCUUGGUGAGCCACCCACCCCAGUCCAAUGACCAUCUGACCCCCACACCUGUGUCCUACACAGCUGGAUUUUACCGUAUCCCUGUGGUUGGCCUCACCACCCGCAUGUCUAUCUACUCAGAUAAGAGUAUCCACCUCUCCUUCCUGCGCACAGUGCCGCCCUAUUCCCACCAAGCCCAGGUGUGGUUUGACAUGAUGCGAGAGUUCCAGUGGAAUCACAUCAUCCUGAUUGUGAGUGAUGACCAUGAGGGCAGAGCAGCACAGAAAAGACUGGAAACUCUGUUGGAGGAGAGGGAGACGAAGAGUAAAAACAGGAACUAUGAAAACCUCGACCAACUGUCCUUUGACAACAAGCGAGGACCCAAGGCAGAGAAAGUGCUCCUGUUCAGCCAAGACACAAAUCUGACGGCUUUGCUUCAGGAGGCCAAAGAGCUGGAGGCCCGAGUGAUCAUCCUGUCUGCGAGCGAAGAUGAGGCCGCAGCCAUUUAUAAGGCGGCACGCCAGCUCAAUAUGACAGGCUCUGGUUACGUGUGGUUGGUUGGAGAAAGGGAGAUGUCUGGUAAAGCACUGAGUGAAGCCCCAGAUGGCUUGCUCGGCCUUCAGCUUAUCAAUGGCAAGAACGAGUCUGCACACAUCUACGAUGCGGUGGCUGUGGUGGCCCAGUCCAUCCAGGAGCUCUUUGAGAAGGAGAAUAUCACAGAGCCUCCACGAGGCUGUGUUGGCAAUACAAACAUCUGGAAGACUGGCCCACUCUUCAAACGAGUGCUGAUGUCAUCCAAGUAUCCAGAUGGCCUGACAGGCCGCGUGGAGUUUAAUGAUGACGGAGACAGGAGGUUCGCCCACUACAGCAUUUUGAACUACCAAAAAUCCAGACUGGUUCAAGUGGGCGUCUACAACGGCUCGCAAGUUGUAAUGAACACUCAGAGGAAGAUCAUUUGGCCAGGAGGAGAAACCGAAAAGCCGAAAGGCUAUCAGAUGUCGACAAGAUUAAAGAUUGUCACCAUUCAUCAAGAGCCCUUUGUCUAUGUGAAACCAACUCUACGUGAUGGAACUUGCAAGGAAGAGUACACUGUGAAUGGAGUCCUGAUUAAAAAAGUGAUCUGCACUGGCCCCAAUGAGACCAUUCCAGGUCGCCCCAUAGUGCCUCAGUGCUGUUAUGGGUUCUGCAUUGACCUCUUGAUCAAACUUGCAAUGACAAUGAACUUUACCUAUGAAGUGCAUCUAGUGGCUGAUGGUAAAUUUGGCACUCAGGAGCGUGUAAACAACAGCAACAAGAAGGAGUGGAAUGGCAUGAUGGGAGAACUCCUGAGUGGCUUGGCAGACAUGAUUGUGGCUCCACUUACAAUCAACAAUGAACGAGCCCAGUAUAUAGAGUUCUCUAAACCAUUCAAGUACCAGGGGCUCACAAUACUUGUCAAAAAGGAAAUACCACGCAGUACGCUGGACUCGUUCAUGCAGCCCUUUCAGAGCACUCUGUGGUUACUGGUGGGUCUAUCGGUCCAUGUUGUGGCGGUGAUGCUCUACCUAUUAGACCGUUUCAGCCCAUUUGGAAGGUUUAAAGUGAAUAGUGAAGAGGAAGAAGAAGAUGCUCUCACCUUAUCCUCUGCUAUGUGGUUCUCCUGGGGUGUACUUCUGAACUCCGGUAUUGGAGAAGGUGCCCCACGGAGCUUUUCAGCAAGGAUUUUAGGUAUGGUGUGGGCUGGUUUUGCUAUGAUUAUAGUUGCAUCCUAUACUGCCAAUUUGGCAGCCUUCCUAGUGCUGGAUCGGCCUGAGGAGCGCAUUACCGGCAUCAACGACCCUAGGCUGCGAAACCCAUCAGACAAGUUCAUCUACGCCACAGUGAAGCAGAGCUCUGUGGACAUUUACUUCCGGCGUCAAGUUGAGCUAAGCACCAUGUACCGCCACAUGGAAAAGCACAACUACGAGAGCGCCGCUGAAGCCAUCCAGGCCGUGCGAGACAACAAACUCCACGCUUUUAUAUGGGAUUCAGCAGUGUUGGAGUUUGAGGCCUCGCAAAAAUGUGACCUGGUCACCACAGGCGAGCUGUUCUUCCGCUCUGGAUUUGGCAUUGGCAUGCGUAAAGACAGCCCAUGGAAGCAAAACGUCUCAUUGGCCAUUCUCAGUUCCCAUGAGAAUGGCUUUAUGGAGGACUUGGAUAAAACCUGGGUCCGAUAUCAGGAGUGUGACUCCAGAAGCAAUGCACCAGCUACACUCACUUUCGAGAAUAUGGCAGGCGUGUUUAUGUUGGUGGCUGGUGGCAUCGUUGCCGGGAUCUUCCUCAUCUUCAUUGAGAUUGCAUACAAGCGACACAAGGAUGCUCGUAGGAAGCAGAUGCAGCUGGCCUUUGCCGCAGUUAACGUUUGGAGGAAGAACCUACAGGAUAGGAAAAGUGGUAGAGCAGAGCCCGACCCCAAAAAGAAAGCCUCUUUUAGGUCCAUCAGUACCAACCUGGCCUCCAACAUCAAGAGACGUAGGUCGUCCAAAGACACGCCAUAUCCCACGGAUAUUACCGGCCAGCUCAACCUGUCUGACCCCUCUGUGAGCACAGUCGUGUGAAAGUGAACAAACGAGAGAGAAAGCGAAUUUGACAGGCAAAAAGAGAGAGAGACUUUGCAGACUGGAAGAGCAGGAGGUGGUUGGUUCUGAAACAGACCUGAUGAUCUAAAGCUGCUGCUGCUUCUUCACCCACCUGAGCCAACAACACCAUCAUUUGUGCAAACCCACCCAACAUGGACAUAUGCACACUGGAUUUGAAACACUUAUGGACACACUGUGCCAAAAUCAACCAUAAUGGAGCAAACCCACACUGCCACAUAGUUCACACUCGGCCCAAACACACACACAAUUUUUUUGCACAUACCUAAGCAAGUUUUUGUGAAAUAUGUAAAUAUACAGUAUAGACAGAGUUCUGUUUCUCCACCCACAUUAGGUCAUUAUUCAGUGUUAUCAAAAGAAAAGUUCUAGACCAUAGAACAAUGCAUUCGUUUUUACUAUACAGACACAAUUAUGUUACAUACAUAUGCAGUACAUAUCUUUCUACCUCCACCUUAGAUGGAUUUUGGUAGUGUUUUGAUGUUUUCCCAUAUGAAAAGAGGUUUGUUAGAACAAACACAGAACAUAUCUUUUACUUGUAUUUUUAGAUUAGACGAUUGAAAAAGUAGGUUAUGUUAUAAAAUGCAGUACUAUAAAUAAUACUGUUGGAGAAUUCAAAGCUGGUGGUACAAAAGUGGCACAUUUUUGAUCAUUGUUGCACUUUGCUGUAAACUGCAUCUCUUAAUACCAUAUUCUCUCUCUUCACUGCCAUUUUCAAAACACAAUCUCCUGAAGUGGUCCAUGUCACUUUGGACCAAAAAAUACUGUGGAUUUUUGAACAACAAUCUUUUUUCUCUAUUUAUUCAUUUAUGUUUUUAUCUUUUGUACAACAAAGAAUUCUUGCUUUGGAUGUGAAUUAUCUGAAAAUCAGCAGAUAAUAUAAAAUGUAGCAGAUCUAACCUUCAAAAAGGUUUUACGACAAACUUUAAACAAAUGAAAGGAACCCAGUUCCACUUAAGAGUGGCAUAGAUGUAAUGAAGCAGAUAUUAUUACAGGAUUUUUGAGCUUCAUUUCUGUUUGACGUGUCUGGCUUGAAAUUCCCUGUAAUAAUUUUUGUAUCAUUGCGUGAAGACAGUGGCAUGCUUCAUUUUGCUACUACAAAGGGACCUUUCUUCACAUUAUAUAUAUUUCACUAUAUGAUUCUAAUAUAUGAGCAGUAUUAUAUUUUGUAUGUGUGUAAAAAUAACACUAGAUGCUAUUUUCAUUGUUUGUUGUCCCAUCAGCUUUUGCUCUGUGGGUUAGUUAAAUGGUUACCUGCAUAAGUGAUCAUUUAAAAUAUGAGUCAGUCGUCUUUUUCUGUGGACUUUUAAAAGUAUACUGACCAAUAACAGUCUAAUAAAAGUAUUAGAACAUUGUAUAGGACCUUUGUUUUAAACAAAUUGAGGGCUUUUCUAACUAUUGUGAAAAAUGCUGAAUGUGAACUAAGCGUACUGUAAUUGUAACAGUAAGUUAUGGAGCUAUUUUACAAGAUGAAGACAUUAACAUGAGGAAAAUAUAUGUUUUAGAAGAAAAUGGGAAAUCUUUUGUAGAAAAAUGUAGUUAGAUCUUGCAGGGUCUGAUGGUCUUUCCAAUAUUGCUCUGUUUGCUGGGUUGGGUUCAGCAAAACGUCCAGUUUUACUGUGAACAUAUCUGUGAACCAUUUCAUGUUAAAGGAAGAGUUGUUACGAAAUGCGUAAUGCAUUAAGCACAUACAAUAUGUAAAUUCUCUGUAGAUUCAUGAAUAUUGACUAUGACCUAAAUAGAAAUAUAUUCUGUCCUUUGCACUGCUGUGUCCAUCAUGUACAGCUAAUAUUUAAUCAUACUAUUGUAUUACUGGAAUCUCGAAAGAACAGAUGCAGUCCAGUUUACGAAGUGUGAUGAAAACCAACAACAGCGUCAAGAAUUAUUUUUUUCUUCUCAAAAUAAAUAAUAAAUAGGAAGGGAAUGCACAUCUUGGCUUAAGAGGAAGCAUGUCUUUGACAAGCAAACCAAUGUAACCUGUCCUGUUCACUGUUGUAUACAAAUAUAUAUUAUUUCUAAGGCUUUAAAAUGUUGUAUGACCAAUUUAAUUUGCUUUCACCAUGUUUUCUACCACCAAAUAUACUUUUAAUGAUUAUUCCAAUAUUGUUUGUGAAAAAACUACAAUCUGAACUGAAUUCAAACAAAGAUAUAUGUUUAAAAAAAUGUAUAAUUGCUGUAAUCCAGUGUGCGAAUAAAAUAAAUAUAAAAUGGAAAAAUAA